GCUGCCCACUGCCUGCUGAUCGCGAGCUGCACCCACAGCGUUGGCACUAAAGAGACAGCAUCAGUGUGCUUGUCUUGCAAACAAACCGCAAUAGGGCAAAGUUUGGGGCAGGGUUUUGGGGUGCCCGCCCUUUGCUAAACUCCCUGGAAUCCCCGUGCAGCAUUUUGGAAAGCGAGGUUAAAGCAGAUGAUGAGCAAGAGGAGUCUGACAGCGUGUGUGUGUUUCUAACGGGCUGGCAUCGCUGGCUUGGAGCAGAGCUCCGCAACGCCAAGUCUAGCAAGCAGCUAGAGUGGAGGCGGCGGCGGCAGGGGCUGUGCACAAGGCUGCUCAGCACGGGCAAUUAUUGCUCCAGCUGUUUGGACAAAGAAACAAACCCCUAAGGGAGGAAAGGAUUUGGCAGCCUAGGAGCGGCGACUGCGUUGCCUGCCCGGGGCCGGGCUCGUGCGGACUGAGCUGACGGGCUCGGAGUGACUGUGGGAUUCCCGCCCCCUCCCUCCCGCGGGAGGCUGGCGCUGGGCAGAGGCGUCAGGCACCUGCCCGGGGGCGGGCUUGGCUCGAAGGCUGCGGCCCCAGCGCCACUGGCGGGGAACCCUCGGAUCCGCUUCUCAGCCGGGCUCCCCGCUCCGGCGGCCAGGGGCUGCUCCCGGGAGGGGACCCGCUUCCCCCUGCACGUGCCCGGACGGAGCUGGCGCUGCUGCCCGGGUCUAGCCGCCGCCUGCUCCCCCAGUACACGAGCCCGUGCUCGGGCGGAGCCGCCUGACAGGAGCAGCCCAUGGGCACGGGCUUGUGCCCGGGCCGUGCUGCUGCAGCUGCCCGGCGCUAGCCCAUGGGCCGAGCCGCUGCCCGGAACUAACCAGCCUCCUGCGCUGCCCAUGUGCUCCAGCUUGCGCCCGGGUGCCGCCGCCGCUGCUGGCUGGGACUAGCCGCCUCCUCCCCCGGUGGAUGCCGCCGGGGAGCGGGCGGAGCGCGCAGCCGGGGAGGGGGGCUGCCGCGGCCGCCGGAGCCGGAGUGCCUGGCAGUGCCCUCUGCGCUCAUCAGCAUGCUUUACUUCCAGAUGGUGAUCAUGGCAGGGACCGUGAUGCUGGCUUAUUACUUCGAGUACACGGACACCUUCACGGUCAACGUGCAGGGCUUCUUCUGCUACGAGGGCUCCUACCGCAAGCCCUACCCGGGUCCGGAGGACAGCAGCGCCGUGCCCCCGGCGCUCCUCUACGCGCUGGCCGCAGGGGUCCCGGUGCUGGUGAUAAUCAUUGGAGAAACUGCAGUGUUUUGUCUACAGCUAGCUACAAGGGAUUUUGAAAACCAAGAAAAAACCAUAUUAACUGGAGACUGUUGUUAUAUAAAUCCACUGGUGCGCAGAACCAUCCGAUUCCUUGGAAUCUAUGCAUUUGGACUGUUUGCUACAGAUAUCUUUGUAAAUGCUGGACAAGUAGUAACAGGAAAUCUUGCACCACAUUUUCUUGCACUUUGUAAACCCAACUAUACAGCACUUGGAUGUCAACAGUUCACACAGUUCAUCAGUGGUGCACAUGCCUGUACUGGAAACCCAGAUCUUAUUAUGAGAGCCAGAAAAACAUUUCCAUCCAAAGAAGCAGCUCUUAGUGUAUAUGCAGCUACGUAUCUGACUAUGUAUAUUACCAACACAAUAAAAGCCAGAGGAACAAGGCUUGCAAAACCUGUUCUGUGCUUAGGCUUAAUGUGUUUGGCAUUUCUUACUGGUAUCAACAGAGUAGCCGAGUAUCGAAAUCACUGGUCAGAUGUGAUAGCAGGAUUUAUAAUUGGAAUAUCAAUAGCAGUGUUUUUGGUUGUAUGUGUGGUAAAUAAUUUUAGAGGAAGACAACCAGAACAUGAAAAUUCUCAUAUGGAUAAUCUGGCCCAGAUGCCAAUGAUCAGCAUCCCACGAGUAGAAAGUCCUUUAGAAAAGGUAUUACAGAACCCAGAUAUUGAUAAGAAUCAAGAAGACCCUUUACAACAAAACUCCUUCAAAGCACACCUCGUUAGGUUCUUCUCCUGGAUAACACGAAUGAACCGUUUCGAACAUCUUCACAUAAGGCAAUAAACGUAUGUGCGCAGAAGCGCACUUGUGUGUUGGAGUGUGGCUUUAAAGCAAAGGCAGAUAUAAUGUAUGUCAGCCUUCUGUGCAGGUUUAGAACUUUGCAAGAAGUAGCAUUUCCCUGAGGGAUUACUUGCUGUGUUCUCUAAAAAUGCCUCUUUCCUGUAGAACCAGGAGAUAUUCUUUUGUGUUGGAACUUAAAUAUGGGAGAGCUAACUUUCUGCGACUACAGAAUUUUUCUGAAUUGCUCCUUUUUAAUUUUUAUAUUAACUUUAAUUUAAACUCCACCAUUCUAGACAGUGUAGGAAUUUUUUUUAAAGUGUCUUGAAAAGAGAAAUUUUGUUGCAUAAAUGGCUAUUUUUAAGUAUUCACAACUCUAGAAAAGACUGUUUUUAUGGAAUAGAAAAGAGUAUGUCCUACUCUAAAAUGUGAAAUCUGUGUAAAGGAAAAUACAAAAGAUAAGUAAGGGGAUGUAGAAUUUUUCAUGUACAACAUGCACUUGAUCAGUCUGUAGCAGGUUAUAAAUCAAAAUUAAAUACAUAAAAACAUGCUACAAAACAUGGGAUUUUUUCCCCAGAAACCUGCACUCAAGGUUUAACUUUUAGCAUUUCACUUUUCUAAUUUUUAUUGGUUUGAAGGAAUAAUUACAAAGCAUGAAGUCUUUAAAAUCUUCUCUUCCUGCUUCCACAGACGUCACACUGUCAAUUUAAAAUAACACAAAACAGUGUACCAAUGUGUAAAACUACUAAAGUUUAACAGAACCCAACUGUAUCCUAAUUCUUUUGAACACUGAGUGGUAUAACUAUUUCCCAUGGAGUUUGAGGAUUUGAGCUCUCAUGCAUGUAUUUUUGCUUGUCUCUUGCAUCUGUGUGUGCCUUUGCUGGCAUUGUUGCAAAUUUCAUACACUGAAUUGUCUGUCAUAAUAAAGCUAAACUGAAGUAAAAGGACAUGGUAAAGCAACUGAAGAGUCAUUUAUUCUAGAGGGAGUCUAUUUUUUCUCUAAAUACCAUCCUUCCUCAGAAUCUAUGUCUGAGAACACUAUAUAUGAAAGCACAAAGAGUGCCACACUUGCACGCAUCAAUACCAGUCAGUCCUGGCACAAGUAAGUCAUUACUUUUUGAUCCAUUUAAAAUGGCAUCUUGCAAAAUCCAUUGACAAUAACUGGGCAAGUUUUAAGGAUGUUCACAAGAUCAACCUCUCCAUAACCGGAGGCGAUCCUAAGUUAGCAGAUCUUGCUGAGGAUCUUGUGCAGGAAUUCCUUUGCAGUAGGAUACCCUUUGCCCUAAGACCACACAGAUGCACCCAUGUGUGUGAUCUAGGGGUUUGGUGACCAGCUGGUUUUUAGAGGUAGGAGGCUGAAACUACUGUCAUUGGCAUUCUCUUCUCCUUAAGCAGUAGGUAGCCACUCCUAAAGUAAUGCCACUUGAAACAGCAUUAAACUUGGACUCUGCAUUCUCUCUCUCACA